AUGCGCGAGCAUCGGGUGGAGACCCAAGAAGCACCUGCAAACCGUCUAGUUCUUUUCGUCGGUGACGGCCUUCGCGCGGACAAGGCAUUUCAGUCCUUUCCCAACCCUGAUCCCAAUGCGCCUACGCCGCUCGCGGAUGACCCUGCCAUACCGCGACCCCUCGCUCCCUACCUUCGCUCCCGAGUCUUGGAAAGCGGCACAUUUGGCGUCUCUCAUACGCGCGUCCCUACCGAAUCUCGACCAGGACACGUUGCGCUCAUCGCGGGGUUAUACGAAGAUGUUUCGGCGGUCACAACGGGGUGGAAGCUGAACCCGGUGAACUUUGACAGUGUGUUCAAUAGGAGUAGACAUACAUGGAGCUGGGGCAGCCCAGACAUCCUGCCUAUGUUUGAACAUGGAGCUGUGCCAGGAAGAGUAGACUCAUACUGCUACGAAGCGGAAAUUGAGGACUUCUCAAAGGAUGGCUGGGGGCUAGAUGAAUGGGUCUUUGAGAGGGUCAAGAAGCUGUUUACGGAUGCGAAGACCAAUGCCACGCUGGACGCUGAGCUGAGGCAGGAGAAGAACGUCUUCUUUCUUCAUUUGCUUGGGCUGGAUAUUGCCGGUCAUGGGCAUCGACCAUAUUCGUGGCAGUACUUGCACAACAUCCAGUUCGUGGAUCAGGGCGUGCAGGAAAUUACGCGGCUCAUCGAGGAGUUUUAUGAUGACGAUAAGACGGCCUUUGUGUUUACGGCAGACCAUGGCAUGAGCGACUGGGGCAGUCACGGAGACGGGCAUCCGGACAAUACGCGCACACCGUUGAUCGCGUGGGGCGCUGGUGUCGCAACACCGGUUAAGAACACCUCUGGCGUGGCUCAAGGCCAUGAUGAGUUUUCAUCCGACUGGGGCCUGGACGAGAUCGAACGACAUGAUGUAGACCAGGCCGACGUCGCAGCAUUGAUGGCCUAUCUUGUCGGUCUUGACUUUCCAACAAACUCAGUUGGAGUACUACCACUUUCGUAUCUCAGUACGGAUACCAAGACAAAGGCAGAAGCACUCCUAGUCAACGCAAAAGAGAUACUAGAGAUGUAUCACGUUAAGGAAGAGCUGAAGAAGUCCUCGGAGCUUCGUUACCAGCCCUUCCCUGGGCUAGGAGACGAGGCACAUUCGGUGGAGCACCGAGUCUCUCAGAUACAACAAGCCAUUGAUGACGACAAAGUUGACGAGGCAAUUCUUCAAACUUAUGAGCUCAUUGACCUCGGCCUCGAAGGUAUGAGAUACCUGCAAAGAUACGAUUGGUUGUUCCUACGGACACUAGUCACGGCUGGGUAUGUCGGCUGGAUUGUGUUUGCCAUUACCACUGUCAUCGACCUCCAUGUGCUCACGGAACAUGUGCCGGCUCUCAGGACAACUCAAAGCAUAGCCAUGUUCUCUGGGGUGCUAGUUGCACUUUUCGCUGUUAUUCUCAAGCAGCGAUCACCUUGGGUCUAUUACGUGUAUGCUUUCUUCCCAGUCCUCUUCUGGGAGGAAGUGUACGCUCGCCGUGGGUCCCUCACUAAGGGAGGCAAGAUCCUUUUUGGCCACGUUUCCUCGAACGGUGACAUCGCCAAGCUUGUACUCUCCACGCUCGGCUUUUUCGGUCUUUUGGAAGCUCUGGUUCAAAGCUACUUCGUCAGGGAAAUUUAUACCGUCUGCUAUCUGCUUGCCACGUGCUGGCCGGCAGUCUACGGUCAGGUAUUUAUGAAAAAGAAUCUGGGGACUGUCGCCACCUGGGUACUGUCCUGCAUCAUCAUGAGUGCCUUUACCAUGCUUCCUGCAAACAAAGCAGAGGAUACUCGGCUCAUCUUGCUUGGCGGAGGGCUGAUGUUCGCCGUUGGCGCACUGUACCUUUUCUUUGAGAAGCACCUUCUUGCGGAUGCAAAGUCGGAUGACGAGCUCGCUGAACCCAGGCUAGAUGACAAGUCUCGCAUUAUCCUCAGCGUUCAGCUCGGUCUAGUGCUACUGUCCAUGAUUGUCACCAAGAGCAGCAUUGGCUACACCCAGGCUCGACAAGGGCUGCCGCUCGGGGUCCUGGUGGUGGGAUGGGCAACCCUUGUAGCUUCGCUGGUCGUACCUCAGCUCCAUGGCUUGUAUCCAAACAGCCACUACGUGCACCGGCUCGUUGUCAUCUUCCUACAAUUCGCGCCCACCUUCAUCAUCCUGACCAUCUCGUACGAGGGUCUGUUCUACUUUGCCUUCUUCCUUUGCCUCUUCAGCUGGAUGCGGCUAGAGCAUCAAGUCUCGCUCCACACGACCCAGACGCAAAAAACGGCUGCCGCGUCGACCAACCCCCUAAAGCCAGCCAUCGAAGCCGCAGCAGACCGACUUGGGGCAAUUCGAAAGGGCGACUACCGCUCGCUCACGCUGGCCGAUGCUCGGAUCGCUCUCUUCUUCUUCUUCUUCAUUCAAUCGGCCUUCUUCAGCGCGUCCAACAUUGCAUCUGUGUCGUCCUUCUCCCUCGACGCGGUGGCGCGCCUCAUUCCCGUCUUCGACCCCUUCUCGCAAGGCGCCCUACUCAUGCUCAAACUCAUGGUGCCCUUUGCGGCGCUGUCAGCCAACUUUGGGCUGUUGAACCGCAGGCUAGGGGUUGCGCCUUCAGCGCUGUUCAUGGUGGUCAUGGCGGUUAGCGAUGUCAUGACGCUGAAUUUCUUCUUCAUGGUCAAGGAUGAGGGCAGCUGGCUGGACAUUGGGACAACGAUUAGUCAUUUUGUGAUUGCGAGUCUGCUUGGGGUCUUCGUUGCGGGGCUUGAGAUGUACAGUGAGUGGACGAUCAAGGGGGUGGAGUUUAGUGACGGGAGGAAAGCUGGGACCCAGAGCAACGGCAGGAGCACCAAGGGCAAAGUGAACGGGCAGAGCAACUACGUUGAGCACGACGCCCCUCCCCGCUCUCAAUCCUUCGACGAGUACGCCGAGAAGCGCCCCGAGUCGAGCCGCAAGGAAUCCCACCAGCAGGAUCCCACCACGGACGCUGAAAUGUAUCCACGCCCGCAGCAGCCCCAGGAGACGGCCUACCCGCAGGGUGUCCCCAACGGCAGCCACAACGCAAUGCCCAUUCGCAGUCAGCAGAUUCCCAACAUGGGCAUCAAACAGCCAGAGCCCAUGCCCGAUCUGCUUACAGCCGCUUUCAACCAGGCUGUCCGGCCCUACACCGAGAAGAUCGAGCAGCUCGAGAGCCAGCUCGCCGACAUGCAGGCCUGGGUCGACCAGCUGGAGCAGCAGCGCGCUGAAGUACACAACUGGAUUGACAAGCGCGGACUGCGACCUGAUGUCCCUGCCUCCAUCGCCAAGAUCAUGGACACCACCACAUCGGAUGCCGCGCCCACGCUCAACGCACAGCUGGAUCGCAAGAUUACCAUUGUUAACUUCGAUCUACAUCGUCUUCAAGACGACCUCAACGACUCCAUUUCAUCAUCACACUUCGCCUCCGCCAUGCUGAAAUUCCUACCUGACAUCCAGCGGUUGACGCUCCUUCCAUCGGGUCCCCGCUAUGCCUUUGACCUCAUCCUCAAGCUUGGCGGCAACCUCAACUCUCACGGCGGCAUCGAUAGCGCCGAUGCCAGCGAUAUUGCAGCGCGCCGUGACUUCUAUACCAGACUGGACGAAGCCAUGGUCGAUGUCGUCCAGCGCCGGUUCGGCGAGAGCGAGGACUGGAAUGUCCAGCGCGAAAUCAAGCGCAUUGAAAAGACUGCCAGCUACCUCAAGACAUAUGGCGUCGAGCCCUACUUCCCACAGACGCUCGAGAUGAUGAAGCGGGAGAUGGAGUUCCAACAGCCAAACGGUGUGCCUAAUGGGCAGGGAACUCCCCCGCGGUACCAUUAG